UGUGUCCGCCCGCUAACUCGUCCGCGGCUCAUGUUGCUGGACUCUGUUUUCUUGUCGACCGUCAAAAUGAACAAACUGAACAAACCGCAGGAGUUCGACUCGUACGAGCUCGAGGAGCUGAGCGACGAGGAGCGAGCCGAGAGCAGUUCGGAGGACGAGCUGGAGGUGCUGCUCAACGGGACCCCGGAGCAGAAGAAGAAGCUGAUCAGAGAGUACCUGACGGGGGAGAGCGAGUCGUCCAGCGGGGAUGAGUUUGAGAAGGAGAUGGAGGCGGAGCUUAGCUCCACCAUCAAGACUCUGGAGGGAACCUGGACGCCGGCGGCAGCUGCAGCACCAGCAGAAGCCUCAGGAGAAGGAGGAGCAGGAGGAGCUGCGCCUCCUAACUCUGAGGUGUACAACGAGGUGUACUUCGACACCGACUCGGAGGGAGAGGAGACGCCAGGCGGCGCCAGCGGCCGGAAGCGGCGGCAGCGAGCCGUGCCGACCAACGACGAGCUGCUGUACGACCCCGACAAGGACGACCGGGACCAGGCCUGGGUGGACGCCCGGCGGAGACGGUAUCACAGCGGGAAGCGACCGGCCGCCGGGUCUCGACCGCAACCGCGCCGGGGCGAGCGUCUGGUGAGCAGCGACGCCGUCCUCAACUGCCCCGCCUGCAUGACCACGCUCUGCCUGGACUGCCAGAGGCACGAGAAAUACCGCACGCAGUACCGCGCCAUGUUCGUCAUGAACUGCACGGUGAAGCGAGACGAAGCGCUGCGCUACAAAACGCAGUCGGAGGCCACGGCAAGGAAGAAGGGGAGGAGGAAGAGGAGACGGGGGGGCCAGGGGGAGGAAGAGGAGGCGGCGGAUCGGCCGAUGGCUGAGACUCCCGCGCAGCCGGCGCCGGCGGGGAUGGACGCCGACGAGGUUUACCACCCGGUCCGCUGCACCGAGUGCUCCACGGAGGUGGCCGUGUUCGACAAGGAGGAGGUGUACCACUUCUUCAACAUCCUGGCCAGCCACUGCUGAGGAGGAGGAGGAGGAGGAGGAGGAGGAGGAGGAGCAGGAGGAGCCUGAGCCUGGACAGUCGAUAGUUUUUCUUUUUAAAUAUAUCUUUUACGAAAUCUAGAUUUUGUCCUGGAUGGUCUGAAUACACGAGAGCCGCUCGGUCAUGCUGAUAUUAAUAUUUGAGGAUUUAAAAAUGCCCGACGAGGCUCACUGGUGACACUUUCCGUUCGCCGCCCGGUUCAGCGUUCACGCUCGGUGAAGAUAAGCGCUUCAUGAAGGGUUCGUUACGCUGUAAUGUAGCUGUAAGUCGGCUGCUGCCUCCACAGGAUCAAUAACAUCAUGAAAUAUCUUUUAGAACUCCAUCGACAAAUGCUGCGUGUUGAAAGGGGCAGUGAGGGACUUCUGUGGACGUGUUUUCGACGCCUUAAAGGAUGAAAGUCCUCUUCUGGGUGUCUUCAGUGUCUCUUAACACCUGAAGUGUCCUCAUAGCUGCGUACACGUCACAGGGUUAUGAACUCCUGAAACACUCGAGGGUUAAAGUAAUGUUUCACCAGCUUGAUAACAUGUGGUUCUUGUUAAAGAAUGAAUAUCUAUACUGAAGUGGGUGUUUUACAGUUGUAAAUAAACUUGUCUGAGCUUUCUUUUUAAACAAACUGCAUUGUAUUAAGUAGCUACCGACUUAUACAGUACUGUACGUGUGUAGCCGCAAACUAGAUCAUCUGAGUAACUUCUGUUUACGAGGUUUGUACACAAGUUUGUAAUGUUUUUGUUUAUUUCGCUCUCUGGGCUUUUAUGUUUUAACAAAGCAUUUAGUUCGUUUAAUUUGUUUCUAUAACGACUUUGUUUUCCCAUAAAAUCAUUUGCUCACAUUUGGUGGGGAACAUUUUCAGUGGCGGAUUAAUCCACAUUUGAGGCAGCAGGACUGUAAGUACAAAUAAUUUGUUAUGUGUUUGGAAAUUUUGAAAUGAGUUAUAAAAAAAAACAUGAGAAUAAGAAUACAUAUCAGCCAAUACAUAGGAUCAUUUAAUUGUUGGGUUACCUAAUGUGACAUUGUAAACAAUACAUUAGAAAGCAGUUCAGUUCUGAAAGUAUUAAAUGUGAGAGAGAAAUACUAAAUAUUUUUUUAUAAAACUUCUUUGAUAAACAUUGAAUCCGUGUCUUAUUUUGAUUAAAAUAAAAUGUGAAUAAAUUACUAUAAAAACCUUUA